AUAAUUUCUUAGAUUUUCUUUCUCUUUUUAACUCAUGGCCUUCAAAUAAUGACCUUCCCUCUCCUUUCUCAUGUAGUUGGCACCAGUUUACAGAUACUGUAGAGUAGUAUAACUUGAGUAGUCAGAAGAGAAUUUCACUACUAUACGCUAUACGCUAUACGCCACGGUUAUUCAUCAGUGUGAUCCAGUGUCGCAGUAACUUCACAGUGACAUAGAUCGUUAUAGGAUUAACUAACGUGCACUAAUACUAUUUAAUUUUUGCCCCGAAGACCUGUUUUCACUUUAGGAACUGUAAUUUUUCAACUGCUCUUUAUCCGUGUAGAUAAUGGGGAAAAUACUAUGGAAUAGUGUACUUGUAGGUGUAUUUAUUUGUAUAGGUGUUACAAAUACCGUCGCGUAUUCAAAAUACGGCCGAAAAUGUGCAGACAUCGGUUGUCCGAGUAAUCAAGUUUGUGUGAUGGCCGAAGAUCCUUGUAACCGCGGGAGCACUGCGUGUGGACUAUAUCCAACAUGUCAAAAUAAAGCUUUAGGCAGUGGUGCGCACGAGGAAAGUAAAGACGUGUAUCAUCCUCAAAAUGCUGCUGAUACACCAGAAUCUGGAAGUCCAACAAACUCUGGAUAUCCUUCAAGUUCGAAUAAUCCAUCAGCACCUUCUGCACCAGCAUAUCCUUCAAAUCAACCGUCAAAGAGCUCUGGUUAUCCUGCUGGUUCUGGUUAUCCUGCAAGUUCUGGUUAUCCUGCAAGUUCUGGUUACCCUGCAAGUUCUGGUUAUCCUUCAUCAGGAUCUGGUUAUCCAGCAAGUUCAGGUUACCCUGCAAGUUCUGGUUAUCCUUCAUCAGGAUCUGGUUAUCCAGCAAGUUCAGGUUAUCCAUCAGGAGGAUCAAGAUAUCCAAGUUAUCCAUCAUCAGGAUCUUCAAGUUAUCCAGGAUAUCCAUCUAGUUCUGGUUAUCCAGGUGAUGCAACAAGAAAACAAAAUACUAAUAAUGUUAACUCUGGUUAUCCAUCUAGUGGUUAUCCUUCUGGUGGAUAUCCUCAAGCUGGUGGUUAUCCUCAAUCUGGUGGUUAUCCUUCUGGUGGAUAUCCUCAAACUGGUGGAUAUUCUCAAGCUGGAUAUCCUUAUAAUGGAUAUCCUCAGGGUCAAUAUCCUCAGGGAUAUCCUCAGCAACCCCAGUAUCCUCAAAAGCCUAAGAAACCCAGUUUUGGUGAUCAAAUAACAAAUUUCGCUAAAAAUAUUGCAACGCGUGUAUUAACCCAAGCUGUUAUUGAUAAAGUAUCAAGUAAAUUUUAAUAAGUUACAUUUAAAUAAUUAUUGUAUACAUAAAUAUGAGAUUUCUGUUUAAUGUAUUUAUUAUUGUUCGAUAAAUUUUAUUUUUAAAAAAUGAGAAAUAAAUUGAUAGUAAAUUCCGA